GAAUAUGUCGAACGAGAGAAAGAAGUCGUUGUUGGUGGACAACUGGCAGUCGGGCAAGACUAUCACAGAGUGCAAUCUACGCAUGCUCAACACUGGCGAUUUCAGUGACGUCACCUUCCUCGUGGGGUCAGAGAGACAGGUGGUAGGAGCUCACCGCUACGUUCUUGUCAGUCGAUGCUGUGUUUUUCAUGCGAUGUUCUGUGGCUCCCGAGCAGAGAAGGGGGAGAUAACCAUCCCUGAUAUCGCGCCAAAUAUUUUCCAGAGAGUUCCUGAGAUAUCUAUACACAGACGUGGCUCAUAUCACCAGUAAGAAUGUCAUUGGAUUACUGUACAUGUCUCGAAAAUAUUACUCGGAUGAAUUGUUCAGCCUGUGUCAGACAUUCCUGGAGACGUCCCUGUCAGAAGACACUGCCUGUGAUAUCCUGGAGCAGUGUCAUGUAUAUGGAGAACUGGACCAGGAACAGAAGGCACUGAAGCUCCUGACAGAAGGAGGGAAGAGAGUCACCAAGUCUCCAGGAUUUGUGGAUCUUUGCUCUCAGUGCCUGGGGAAUUUCCUAAAGUCAGAGACGCUCAAGUUACAGGAAGGAGACAUAUUCGAGGCAGUUCUGUCAUGGACAAAAGCAAGAUGCAAGAAAGAAGGAGUAGUUGACUCUCCUGAGAACAGGCGGAAACUCCUGGGAGAUAUGAGGUAUGAGAUCCGGUUUACCAAUAUGCCCCUGGAGUAUCUUGUGAACGUUGUAGGUCCUUCUGGGAUCCUAACAGACACUGAGAGAAUUCGUAUGGUUGAAAAAACUGUUACUUCAAACACUGACAUUUUUCCUUUCAAAGAAGAGCAGAGGAAGACAGUUGAGGAGAGUAACAGCUGCAGAUACGUGCACAGACUGGACCAGUACGAUGACUACAUCCAGAUCCCUCCUGGAACACAUGCUAUCUCCUUCACUGUUAGUAAGAACAUAGAUCUGCUUGGGUGUCAGCUGUAUGGCCCGUAUAAUGAUAAGAUCUACACUCUCAGCGUCAGGCUGUAUGACCAGAAGAACAAGGUGGUAGCAGAGCCAUUACAGAAGGCGAAGCGGAAGCUUCAAGGUCGUGGGCAGAUUACUGACAUUCUGUUUCCAGCAUCUGUGCCGCUGUUGCCAGGGUCUGUCUACACCCUCUGCUUGGACAUGAAUGGGGCUUACAGUUUCUGGGGCUCCGGGGGAAAGUUGUCAGUUACAGUUGAUAAAGUGACCUUCACCUUCUCAGAUUCUGAAAAGAGCACAGCGGGAACCUCAAAAAAUGGCGGCCAACUUCCUGCUCUAAUUUUCAAGUAAACUGAAUGAAUCAAGGGACAUAUUCCUAAAUUCAGUUUGAAUGUUGGGGUGACACUGUUAGCGUUUAAGGAAAAGAUGAAGAUGAUGAAAAGAACUUACGUCAUAUAUACAGCCAACUUCCGGUUGUCUCGAAGCUUGGCCACUGCGUAUUCAUAAUUUAGUCGCAAUUUGUGGCUGUGUCGAACCUUUGAAAAUUCGAAAUAUUUACCUGAAGACAAAUAUCCCAUUCCAAUCGUCUUAUCAAGAGUUGCAUAGAUGUAGGUCAAGUCGUUUUUAAACUAGACUAUACAUUCGGAUAUCACGUCCUCCAUUUUAUACCUGUUAUUAUGGUACCAAGUAAACAGAAACUUACUUAAUUACACUAUCGAUGUCUU